AUGGAUGAAUUGGUAGAGUGGUGUAGAGACGUCGGACGCGAAAAUGGCUACGCCCUCAUCACCAAACGCACCAUCUACGAUAAACCCCCAAGGGGUCAGCCGUUAAAAAUUUGGCUUACGUGCGAUUGUGCCGGCGAGUACAAAUCAAAAGCCAUGGUCAGACGCAGCGGGACUAGGAAAACCGGUUGCAAGUUCCAACUGAUCGGGACAUACAGAAAGAGGUUAGGUUAUUGGGAUGUAAGGGUUGAGAAAGCUAAACAUAACCACAAACCAUUUUUGUAUCCAGAGGGUCAUCCGUCCCUAAUGAGGCUGACUUCAUCGGAAGAGAUGACGGUGGAGCAAAUGGCGCAUCAGAACAUAAAACCACGAGACAUUCUUGCUGCCAUUAAAGAACAGAACCCCCAUAAUGUCUCAACAAGAAACACCAUAUACAACGCUCGGGCCAAACUGGGUAGAAUGGAACAAGUCGGCGAGACUCCAAUGCAGAUACUUUUCGACUGGUUGGAGAAGGUUGGACUCCACCUACAAGACGAAUCGGUACAAAAUGCCGCUAGUCCAGAUUAUCGGUGUUACAUCCACGUUGAUGUCAUUUUGCAUUGCUCAUGCGUUCGUAAGCAACGAGAAACAGGAAAACUUCACAUGGGUUCUACAGAGGUUGAAACACUCAUUAGACAGUGUUAUGGAACCCCGUGUAAUAGUAACGGAUAG